UAUACGGCUUCUCUCUAUAUAUAUUUCAAAAAAUAUCGGCUCAAAUAGGGCGACCAUCGAGAGAAGGGUUACCCGUGUUCAUCUCGCGAUCUUCUGUUUGGUUGUUGACUAGUUCGGAUUCUGUCCCUUGUCGUGUCUCUAGGGUUCUUGAUCAGGAUGAAUUCCUGCAGAAUUCUGGGUGUUGAGGAUUGCGAAGAACCCUAAAAUCUUUCGUGUGUGUGUGUGAUUCCGUGUUACAAAGAGAUGAAUUUGGGUUCGCUGCAGGCAUUUCACUUGGAAUGUCUGCUAUGGGUCAUCCUUUCACUACGAGAGACCGUUCCCACGUGGUAUUGAAGAAAUCCAUCAAUCAUACGUUUAUGAUACCUGAAUGUGAUUUCAUUUCUUUGCUGAUUCUUCAGGAGCACCUCGUUAGGACAAGUGGCUGGUGCUUACGCUGAACAUUUCUUCAUAAAGCUCUCGCAAAUCCAGCCUGACUAAAUCUGUAGAAAGCAGUGGCUGCCUUUGCUUCAGAAGAUUUUUUUUGAAGGAGACUGCCGUGCAUACUGUUUCGGAAGUUGUUGCCAAACUGAAAUAUCCUCAGAUGAAGUGCAAGAAGAUGGUGUUUGAGAAUGGGCCGCUGAUACUUGAAGAUGUGGAGAAGUAGUCUCCACUCCAGAAGACUGACGUCUGUGUUCUCCUCCGUCUCUGUCCUCUCCUGCCUGUGGCAGAUACGUAAUUACAACAUCAUACAUGAUCCUUGGACAGGGGACAAGGAGAGUCGUAGGAUGAAGAGGUGUCCCUUCCAUGGACCAGUUGUCACUGAGUUUUGUCAUUUGGAAGGAGGAGGCAGAAAGUUAUGGGAAUAUACAUGCGGUGGGUUUAAUCAAUCAAAAGAUCAGAAAAUGAUUGACUCAGGCAGUGAUUACCGUCACCACUAUACGCCAAAAACUGAUUGCAACGGACGCAUUCCACAGCGACACAGGUCAAACCCACAAUUCUCCGCAGUUUUUGUGAUUGUGUUUCUCUGCUGUUCAAAGAGAAAUCGAGAGUUUUGCGCUUUCCUUUUGUAUCUGCUUCACAUCUAAUCCAAGGAAUGCGGAAACAUGUGCUUGAAAGUUGAACAUAAUUCCUCUGCUGAGGUCUAUGAUCUCUCUGGGCUGCUAUUGGUGCUCAUCUCUCAUGAGACCCAGCUUCUAAUCCAUUCACUCCAUCCCCAGUUUUGCGCUCGCAACCCUACUUCUCCCCAGAAUGCCGAAGAAAGCAUCGCAUCAAAGCAUGAUCUGUGUGAAGACGGUUGAACAUCAUCUGGGUUCUUGAGUUCAACCGUCUUUUUUUUGCUUUCUUGUUUUUAACAAAUAUAGUGUAUAGUAGGGCUAUAGUCGUCGUAGUGUUUUAACCUCAUCUGGUGGCAAUGAAAAGAAAAGGAAGUAUACUGAUGCAACGUUACGAGCUGGGAAGAUUACUUGGCCAAGGGACAUUUGCUAAAGUGUAUCAUGCAAGGAAUCUGAAUACCGGGACUAGCGUGGCUGUGAAGGUCAUUGACAAAGAAAAAGUUAUGAAAGUCGGUAUGACUGAGCAGAUAAAGCGAGAGAUUGCUAUCAUGAAACUUGUCAAGCACCCCAACAUAGUCGAGCUCUACGAGGUAAUGGCCACGAAAACUAAGAUCUAUUUCAUCAUGGAGUAUGUAAAGGGAGGAGAGCUAUUCAACAAAGUGGCGAAAGGAAAGCUGCGAGAGGAUGUCCGGCGGAUGCACAUUAUUCAAUUGAUAUAAAAUAGAGCGGUUGACUAUUGUCACAGGCAUGGAGUGUGUCAUAGGGACCUGAAGCCAGAGAAUCUGCUGCUGGACGAGGAAGGGAAUUUAAAGGUGACAGAUUUCGGGCUGAGCUCGCUUGCUGAGUCCAGGCGUCAGGACGGGUUGUUGCACACGACGUGUGGGACUCCUGCGUAUGUAGCACCAGAGGUGAUAUGUCGGAAAGGGUAUGAUGGGUUCAAAGCGGAUGUAUGGUCAUGCGGAGUGAUAUUGUAUGUUUUGUUAGCGGGGUAUCUUCCAUUUAGGGAUCCAAAUCUGAUGGAGAUGUAUAGGAAGAUUGCGAAAGCGGAGUUCAAGUUUCCGAACUGGUUUGGGGCGGAGGUUAGGAGGUUGCUGAAGCGGAUAUUGGAUCCAAACUCAAAGACAAGGACGGGUAUGGAGAAGGUAAUGGAGAGUAGUUGGUUCCAAAAGGGGGAAAAAGAUGCAAGAGCAGAAGUAGAGGUGGAUGGAAAUGGUCAGAGUGAGAGUGGGGGAGAGUGUUGGAAGUUGAAUGCGUUUGAGAUAAUAUCGAUGUCGUCGGGGUUUGAUCUGUCGGGGAUGUUUGAGGAGAAAGAGGAAACGAGGUUCACAUCAAAGAGGAGCAUGGAGGAGAUAGUGGAGAAGCUGGAGGAGAUAGGGAAGGGACUGGGGAUGAAGGUGAAGACCGGGGGUGGAGGGAAGGUGAGGAUGGAGGGGGAGUUGUUGACAAUUGAAGCGCAGGUGUAUGAGAUAGUGCCCAGUUUUCACGUGGUGGAGAUGAAGAAGAAUAGCAACGCAUUGGAGUACAAGAGAGUGAUGGAGGAGAGCGUCAGGCCGAGUCUGAACGAUAUCGUUUGGGCUUGGCAUCAUUGAUAGAGAGAGGCCCCGGUCUCUUUCACAUUCUGAUCGUUUCCUUCUAUUUUUGUGUUAUUUGCUCCUUUUUUAACGGUCGUUUGGGAGUCGCAUGCAAUGUUUAAGCCUUAGAAGGUGUGAGUGAGUGUGUGUGUUUUGUUUUUUUCAGGCAGAGAGAUCCAUAUAUAUAUGUAUACGCCUACUCUCUCCA